AACGCCAUACAAAAUUACCUAAAAGUCGUUUCUAUGGACCGAAAAUAAAAUUACACGAAGCUGAUUGUUUUGUAAUAAAUCUUAUUGCCAUGUUGAGAUUUAAGUAAUUAACCCAAAUUACACUGAGGAUUGUUGUUCUACGAUUAUUUAAGUAGAAUCUUCUUUCAAUAGGUUGACAGCCGCAACGCGGCCAUAGGCCAAUAGUAGAUAAUAAUUCGAUAUUUUUGGAAUGUUAAGUGUAACGCCCCUCUUAAUAUCCUAAUUCUAUUUUUUGCAUUGUUCCAGAGCUGUAGCGACACCUGAAUUUGCAGAUCGAAGUGCCAAAGCUCACCGUUUUUUGGAAAAUUAAUGUAACCGUCGCAAUCUUUCGGAGCCUCUUCAAAGCGCCUUCCAUUGUCCACGAUGCAAUAUGGUCAAUCCUUACGGAGAGAGAGCCAUCACGAUUGCGAGUGCUGCUUUUAUUAUCCUGACGCUCGUCUCAACGGCACACGCACCACCAUCACCAUCAACCAGACUUCUCCGUUCAGUGUCAGAUAAGGUGAGGCGGACAUUCAACGGCGGAAGCAAUCUGCUCAGACAAAUAAGAAGCGCUCGGUGGGAACAGUCUCAACAGUUCCGGGAGCCGGAGCCCUGUCUUCGCGACUACCGCUUCGGGGGUGGCGACUUGAUAGAAGGCAAGGACGGAACCUUGUUCUUCGCACUGGAUGGGAGGUGGGUCGUUUACAUGGAGGUUAUUGACAAAAAACAAGCCACUUUCAGACGCGUCUCAGUCGGCAGUUCAUAUGGAGGCACACUUGUCAAGAGGAUAGACAAGGAUUUUCCUUUCGGCGGUAGUAAAGGAAUCGCUUUGGCAAUGGUCUUCGUGGACAGGAUAGUCCCGUAUCAUCGUAAGAGCUGCAACCAAGCGCACUACAUGGCCUAUUUCACACAAGGUGAAGUUAGGAGCGUACAAGGUCGGUCGAAUUUGAGCAAGGAUUGCCCACUUCACAGGAAGAAUUUCGAAAAUAUGAGGAGUUACGACAUAUCCGCAAACACAUUUUACCUGUUAAAAGGUGAUUGGAGUUCUGUCUACCCCUCCAGCUUUUCGUUGGCGCCACCGCCAAUCCCGUCAAAUCCUCCGUCACCGCCGUCGUCGUUCAGAGGUGGAGGGCAACCCCGCCCGACAUCGCCAACCCGCCGCGCAAACGUCCAAGAAUCUUCAACAAACAGGCACCACCGCACCGUGUCUGACCCUACAAACAACAAUUCACGUUUCAAGAAUUUUCCCUGGUAA